GGGCUCCGGCUGGCGCCCGGCGCUUGCCAGCACUACCUCCACAUCCGCCCGGCCCCGAGCGACAACCUGCCCUUGGUGGAUCUAAUCGAGCACCCGGAUCCCCUCUUCGACCCCAAGGAGAAGGACCUGAACGACACGCUGCUGCGGAGCCUGCUGGGCACCCACUUCGACCCGGCCUUCAUGGCGGUCUCGCUGCCGGAGGAGCGCCUGGGCGGGGACGACCUGGCCGAGCUGGACCUGCUCUUGCGGCAGCGGCCGUCGGGGGCCAUGCCCGGCGAGAUCAAGAGCCUGGAGUUCGCCGAGGGAGGGGGCGGCCUCUCGCCCCAGGGCGGCGGCGGCGGCGGCAGCAGCAAGAAGCACCGGCUGAGCAAGAAGCUGCGGCGGAAGCUGCAGCUCUGGCUGUGGUCGCAGACCUUCUGCCCGGUGCUCUACACGUGGAACGAUCUGGGCAGCCGCUUCUGGCCCCGCUACGUCAAGGUGGGCAGCUGCUUCAGCAAGAGGUCCUGCUCCGUCCCGGAAGGCAUGGUCUGCAAGCCGGCCAAGUCGGUGCACCUCACCAUCCUGAGGUGGCGGUGCCAGCGCCGCGGCGGGCAGCGCUGCACGUGGAUCCCCAUCCAGUACCCCAUCAUCGCCGAGUGCAAGUGCUCCUGCUAGGGCGCGGGGGGAGGGGGGGAGAUCGAGGGAGAGAGAAGCAGGCAGGGCAGCGGCGGACCCGAGGGGAACCGGGGGAGGGGGCGGGCAGGGCGCCCGGCUGCCGGACCCCCGCGUGCCUAUGAGGCCCGGCGCCCUCCUCUUCUCCUUCCUCGACGGCACCCCGUCCUGUCGCGAACUCAAUCCAACCUCGGGACCCUUCUCCAUCUCCCCGUCCCCGGCCGCCAAUAAACCAGACUCGGACGGACUGUCGACGACUUCCAACCAGGCGGCCCGAAGUUCACACGUUGCACUGCACGGCCAGGGGUCGGGGAAUGUAACCAGGAGGUGGUGGCUGCGGUGAGCGCACGUGUGGCCCGAGAUGCGGCCUGCUCGGGAGGGCGCGCUUCUCGCGUGUUGCCCCCUGUGCCCGUGUGGAUGCGGACGGAUGGGUGUGUAACGGAGAUUCCUCCCCUCCCGUCCUGCCCCCGUUUGAGUCUCCCAUUGAAAAGGUCAGUGGGAACAACGGGACCCUCCUCGUCUACUGUAUUGGAAGAGUUUUGCCCUUCAUAUCCCUUUACGGUAUCCUUCUGUCCCCCCCGGCCCCGUCUCCCUUUAAUUUAUAUUCCAGAGAGAGAAGCAGUUGUGGGGGGUGAUUUUGAAGCAACCCCCCCUGCAAACUUCGCGCUUUUGUUUUGUUUCCUCUGCGAAGUCCUUUUUUUUUUUUUUAAAGAAACGUGAACUUCUGGUAAGAAAAGAAAAUAUAUAAAUAUAUAUAUAAAGAUAUUUUCCAUUCUUCGGAAAAUGUAUGACUGAGUUGAGUGUGAAUUUUUAUAGACUUCAAAAUAUUAUUAUUAUUAUUGUUAUUAAAAUAAAAGUUUAGGACGCGGUGUUACUGUAUAUAGUGAACUUUUUGGAAAACAAAAUGUCUUUAACCCUAUGUAAAUGGAAGAGCCUGCUAUUUAUUCUUUAUAUUCGUCUCUUGUAGUCAAAAGUUCGGUUCAGAAUUAAAAUCAACCACUAA